AUGUCCGCUUCGCAGAUCAAAGUGAUGCCGUCCUAUCAGCCGUUCCAAUGUCUCGUCUGCCAAAGUCGAUUUACUCGACAUGAGAACCUCAAGCGACAUUCAACGCUACACUCCCGUUCUCAGGCCGAGGCCUCGCUUCCCUGUGAUUUUUGCCACGCCACAUUCUCUCGUCCUGACUUGCGCAAUCGUCACAUGAAAAGGAAACAUCCAGAGCACGAGCAAUAUCGAGUGACAAAGAAAACACAGCGCCAACCCGCACCCAGACAAAACAGGCUGCAUUCUUCUGUAUUGCCAACAGCGAUCUCACCUACAGGAAGCCAUGGUAGUUUGCCUUCUCCCGGAUCUGUGCACUCGAGCCCAGGAGAGGAGACGAGGUUUGAUAGUGAUGCGAUCUGGCGCCCAGUGAUGCGGUAUCAGCAGCAAUUUGACCGUGGCCACCCCACGGAAAACCCAAAUAUUGCUACUCCAACGACCGGGACAGCCAGAACACAGCCAACAAGAGAAAUUUUACAACACCAAUCGGAAACGAGCGACUCUGCUUUGAUCGAUCAGAUUGUCCAGGACGCCACAGAUCUGGAGCAGAGCUUAUUAUUAGGUACAUCCUUUUUGAAGCCCACCAAUCACCUCAACAACCAACUACAUCAAAUAGCCGAUCCACAAGCCGAGCCACUGGAUACAAGUCUAGCCGAGUACAGUUUUGCUCAUCCGAUUUUGGAUAGAUUGUCACCAAAUGACAUCCCUCAACUCCAGGACGAUUGGGCCCCGACUGCUUUACAAAUUUCACGAGGCUGCAAUCUAUUUUUCAACUCUGUCUCUCAUUUUCUCCCUUUCCUCCAUUCAUCUACAUUUGAUCCGACACAAGCUCCUCCCCAUUUGGUCCUCAGUAUACUUUGCCUCGCCUAUCAACAUGGCGAAGAUCCAGAAUGCGGGGACCAAGAAGGCUCAGGCUCAAGCUUUUCUAUACGUUGCUUUCAUAAAGCCCGAGCUCUCCUUUCUUCUGACGAAGAUAGACCUGAUGCUUCAACAAUAAUCACCACACUGGUUCAAUCAUACUUGCUCCUUCAAAUCUGUGCUAUGAUGUACCUUUGUGGCGACAACUCAGCAUGCGGGCUCAAGAUGCAUUCACAUAUGAUCUCUCUGGCUCGCACUGGACGAAUGACCCAGCCAUUACCUGUUGAGUCUGGUGCGACAGCAAAUUUGGAUUCAUUAUGGCGGGAAUUUAUUAAAGCUGAAUCGCACAAACGAACCCUUUUCGCUGUGCAUCAGAUCGAUGCGCUUUGGUACCAAUUCCUUUCCAUCCCCCGCUCGAUCUCACACCUGGAAAUCAAGCAUGAUAUGCCCUGUCCAGAAGACCAGUGGUCUUCAUCAUCUUCUGCUGAAUGGGCUCAUCGACAGCUUGUUGCAAGAAAUUCCGGCCCCUCAGUCACAUAUACCGAUGCUGUUCGACGCUUCCUUUCCUCCUCUGAUGAAAUCACCUGCAUACCAGCAUUUGACCCAUACGGCGCUAUCAACAUCGCGCAGUUUCUGAUAUCAAGCGCCCGGGAAAUCUCAGGCUGGUCUACAAUGACGGGAAUGCUUAGCAUGGAACGAUUUGGCGCGUUAAGAUCAUCCCUCGUUGCACUCAGCCCAUUCAUCUGCUCCGGCAACGCCACAGAACAAACAAAACACGCGAAGUUAUGUGGUGCAACUUGGGAGACUGCCAUGAUCGAGCUGCAGAUGUGGUCGCCAUCACAUACAGGCGGCAUUGUGGAAGGAAGUAUAGAUGCAGUUCUCAGUCAGUCCACAUACCUAGGACCGUCACAGUUCCUAUGCGAUGCCAACACGGCCAAAGCUGUACAACCACAUGUGAACUGGUUCCUACAAUAUCUCGAUGAGACGCUCAUAUUGGACUCUGAAGCGCCGUGGGUUGCUUUGUAUGCGUAUAAAGCCUUUUUGAUUGCCUGGCAGCUAAUACAAGUUGGUGUACCUGGCGCAAUGAAUGCUGUGGGCGUUCGUGACGGUGAUAUGGAAGAAGCCCUGAUGUGGGCGAGAAAGGUCUUCCAGCGAAGGCAGAAAUGGCAGCUUGGGAAACUCAUUUUGUCUUGUUUGGGUGAGUUAGGCAAGUAA